AUGGCUGGUGAGUAAUAAUGGACAGAUAUGAGAACCCGAAAUUGCGGCGUUUGCAGCUUUUUUGGCUCAAUCUCCUUUUUCACCUCAUGAAGAUUUUACAGCUCUCCAAAACUAUUUUUUGCAGAGAAUGCUCUCUAUUUUGAUAAAGGAAAAUCCAACAACAACACAACGAAUACAAUGAGGAACAAUAAUACAUCAACAAUGCUGCCAAAUACUUUGGAUUUUGGAAGAUUGUCAUCGAAUUCGGGAACAAAUCGCAAGAAAAAGGGAAAAUCGAGAUCGAGAAGACCGUCCACUUCAGCAGCACCUUGUAAAACUGUGUCAUCCGAAGAAUUGACGGGUGGAUCUGCUGGAACUUCUGAAAAGAUUGUUGAGUGUGAUCCGUGGAUUGAUAGUUGGUCGAAGAAGUUGGUGACUAGAGAAUGGUAUCAUGGUGUUAUGCCGAGAGAGGAUACAAAUAGCUUGUUGAAGGUAUAUUGCUCAUAUUAGCAGCCAACUCAUUGUUUUUCGAAAAUCUCCAAAUAUUUUUUCAGAAAGAUGGUGAUUUCUUGGUCCGCCGAACAACUGAAAAAUCAAAAAUCAUAUUCUGUCUCACUGUUUUUCAUGACAAAGAACCCCGCCAUUUUGUGCUCCUAAAUGUCAAUGGAUUUUGGACUUUGAAAGGACUCGAAACAUCGGAAAGAUUUGAAGAUUUGGUCGAGUUGCUCAAUUAUUUGACAUCCAAACGAAAACCACUUUUACCAAAUAAUAGUGUGAUUUUGGUGAGAGCAAUAUCUCGAUCAAAAUUCUAUAUUCUACACGAUGAUAUUCUUUUGACUGAUAAAUUGGGAAGUGGUGCAUUUGGACAAGUUUGGAAAGGAAAAUGGAAAAGAAUGAAUGAAGGAGAGGAGGUUCAAGUGGCUGUGAAAAGAUUGAAAGAGGGAAAUAUUAAGAAGGCAAUGUUGAAGGAAUUUGUCAGAGAGGCGAAAUUAAUGAUGAAUUUGUCACAUCCAAAUUUGGUUAGAUUUGUUGGAAUUGCUCCAACUGAAGAACCAUUGAUGAUAUUGUUGGAAUUGGCGGGAAAUGGAUGUUUGAAGAGUCAUUUGAAGAAAGAGAAUAGUAGAAAUACUGUGACAUUUGAUGAUUUGGCAAAAUUUUGUAUUGAUACGGCAAGGGGAAUGACAUAUUUGGCAUCGAAAAUGGUUAUUCAUCGAGAUGUUGCGGCUAGAAAUUUGUUGCUUGGUGAUAAUAUGGAAGUGAAGAUAUCCGAUUUUGGUUUGGCGAAAUGUGGAAAAGCUGAAGUGAAAUGCACCAAACUCAAAGUUCCCAUCCGCUGGCUUGCACCUGAAUCAAUUGAUACUUUGGUGUUCACCACAAAAUCUGAUGUUUGGUCAUUUGGUGUGACGAUUUGGGAGAUUUUGGCAUAUUGUUCAAGUGAUCCAUUUCCUGGUUUAACAAAUGCGGAAGCAAAGGAUAUUAUUCGAACAAAAAGUCCACCAAUGGAUGCACCAAUUGAUACACCAAAACAUAUUGCCGCAAUUAUGUAUGAUUGUUUUGCAAAGAAACCGGAAUUUCGCCCGAGUUUUAUGGAGAUUUUGAAGAAAUUAUCGCCGGAUGAGGAUAUUGAGGUGUUCAAGAGAAAUACACCAUUGGACCCGAUUUCGUCGAAAUCUGAAAGUGGAAGAAAACAAAAGAGGAAGAAGAAGUAUGGAAGUUCGGGAAGAACUAGAGAAGAUACGAGAUCCAGAGAGGAUUGGUAAGAUUUUUGAAAUAUCCAUAUUUUCUGGAAAAACUUUUUUUCAGAUGGCUGGCGCAGUGAUGAAGAGAAAAGAGAUCCUUUACAUUUACAUGAAGAUUUUUAUUUUUGA